AUGGCCGUAAGUGACAAGAAAUGCAAUGAAGUGAUGACUCAUAAUAAGAUGCUUGAAAACCAAAUUUCUCACCUUGCUAAUGCUUUGAAAUACCAUGCUAGUCCUUAUUCUUUACCUUCCCAAGGCUUAGAUCCCAAGAGACCCGUGAAUGCUAUUGUUACAAGGAGUGGUAAGGUUCUUGAGGAUAAUUUGCCUAGGAAGAGUGGAAUUAUGGAGAGUUCUAAGGAGGUCUUGGUAGAGGAUGAGAGAAAUGGUGCAUCUUUAAGUGAGGUUGUGAUUAAGACACCUAGAGAGCAACUUCAUCUUUCUCUACCUUUUACAAAAGUUGUUACCCAAAUGCCCAACUAUGAAAAAUUCCUCAAUGACAUUUUGAGUAGUAGGAGGUCUUGUGAUGUGGUGGAGACAUUCAACUUGAUUGAGAAUUGUAGUGCAAUCAUAAUGAACAAGAUGCCACCCAAGUUAAAAGAUCUUGGAAACUUCUCUAUCCCUUGUGCCAUUUACAAGAUGCAAAUUGAUAAUGCCUUAUGUGACUUAGGAGCUAGUGUUAGCUUAAUGCCAUAUUCAAUUUAUCAAAGACUUGAGUUAGGAGAACUUAUGCCUUCUAAGAUUACCUUGCAAUUGGCCGGUAGGUCAAUUAAGAUUUCCAUGGGGAAGGUUGAGGAUGUUCCUUUGAGAGUAGGAAAGUUUGUAAUUUCGGUAGAUUUUGUGGUGCUUGAAAUGGAUGAAGAUGCUACUAUUCCCAUUAUUAUUGGUAGACCUUUUCUUGCUGCCUCGGGUGCUAUGAUUUAUGUUAAGAGUGCAAAGAUUUCACUAAAGGUAGGAUAA